ACCGGAGCCGGGGGUGGAGCUUCGGAAUCCGCUGGGCUGUGUACCGGGACCCCUGGGAACAGAGACGAGCGCGGUUCUCCAAGCCCACGUUGCCUUGCAGCGUGCCCGCGGGGAGGAGCCGGCCACCCGGAGUCACUCGGCGUCGCCAAAGUUUGAUUCUCCUCCCCAGGAGGAGUCUCGGGGCCGCGGUCCCCCCAGGCACCGGGCGUCACCCAUCUCCCAGGCCGGGACCCGCGUCUCCAUCGCUUGGAGUCCGAGCCUCAAAGUCGGGAGGCGCUGCGGGCCUGCGCACGCGCCGCCGCCCUCGCUAUCCUCCUGGCGGUGCUACAGACCCCCCGCCCCCCAAGUUCACGAGUUGCGCGAGUGGACGGACAGCCCCGGGCCCGCGCGGGGCCAUGGAUGAGCCGCUGGGGUCGCCGCCCGCCGCUCUGUCGGCGCUGGAGAAGAAUGUGGCGGAGCUGACCGUCAUGGACGUGUACGACAUCGCGUCGCUGGUGGGCCACGAGUUCGAGAGAGUCAUCGAUCAGCACGGCUGCGAGGCCAUCGCACGUCUCAUGCCCAAGGUCGUGAGGGUGCUGGAGAUCCUCGAAGUGCUGGUUAGCCGGCACCACGUCGCUCCCGAGCUGGACGAGCUGCGCCUGGAGCUGGACCGGCUGCGCGUGGAGAGGAUGGACCGCAUUGAGAAGGAGCGCAAGCAUCAGAAGGAACUGGAGCUGGUAGAGGAUGUGUGGCGGGGUGAGGCACAGGACCUCCUGUCCCAGAUUGCCCAGCUGCAGGAGGAGAACAAGCAGCUGAUGACCAACCUCAACCACAAGGACAUGUGCUUCUCUGAGGAGGAGUUCCAGAAGCAGGAAGGCAUGUCGGAGCGUGAGCGCCAGGUGAUGAAGAGGCUGAAGGAGGUUGUGGACAAGCAGAGGGAUGAGAUCCGAGCCAAGGACAGGGAGCUGGGCCUGAAGAACGAGGAUGUGGAAGCUCUGCAGCAGCAGCAGACAAGGCUAAUGAAGAUCAACCAUGACCUUCGGCACCGGGUCACAGUGGUGGAAGCUCAGGGGAAGGCCCUGAUUGAACAGAAAGUGGAGCUUGAGGCAGAUCUGCAGACCAAGGAGCAGGAGAUGGGCAGCCUGCGGGCAGAACUCGGGAGGCUUCGAGAGACGCUCCAGGGCGAGCACAGGCAGAAUGGGGCAGAAGAGGCCGAGAUGCAGUCGCAGCCAGAUGAAGAAGACUCCAUCUCAGAUGCAGAGAAGGCAGCCUUGGAGCUCAGGGACCCCAACCGGCCGCGGUUCACACUGCAGGAGCUGCGGGACGUGCUGCAUGAGAGGAAUGAGCUGAAGUCCAAGGUGUUCCUGCUGCAGGAGGAGCUGGCCUACUAUAAGAGUGAAGAACUGGAAGAGGAGACUCGAAUCCCCCAACCCCUGCCCGUCACACACCCACGGACGUCCCCGCAGCCGGAGUCUGGGAUCAAGCGACUGUUUAGCUUUUUCUCCCGGGACAAGAAGCGCCUGGCCAACACGCAAAGACCCACGCACAUCCAUGAGUCCUUUGGCCAGUGGGCAAAUACCCACCGAGAUGACGUGUACACAGAACAAGGACAGGAAGCCCUGCAGCACCUGUGACUGUGCCACCUGCUCCUGGACCGUGUGUCACCUGCUCCAGGUGGCUGCCUCAGCAUCGACCUCUCAAACGAACUGCCUGCUUUGAGGGUGGAUGGCGGAAAAACUGAUGCCAAAUCCUACGGAAGUGUUUAUCUGCAGGGCUAUCCGGUUUAUACUCACUGCCUCCGACCCCUUAGGACCUAUUUAAUAAGAUGAGGAUCUGAAGCCAGACCACGUAAAUUUCAGUUAACAAGCUUCCUAAACUGAACACAUCACCACUCACUACCAUGGCUAUUUGACUCCUAGGCUUAGUUUGGUUUUUUUUUUUGUUGUUGUUGUU